CAAAUACAGCAAUUAUGAACCCAACAGCGAAAUCGAACGCCAAGCCAGACAAAAGGGCAGUAACAGACCAGCAGCCGGUCAGGGACCUCCUGAUUUGGCAGUGGAAUUGUAACGGCUAUCACAAUAAGAGGGCAACGCUAACACGGCACCUACAGGGAAUGGAGAGGAAACCGGACGUCAUUAUGAUUCAGGAAACACUAUGCACUGACACACCCCAACUUCAAGGAUACAGAGCACACGCCAAGGCGGCCAAGCCCCUAAACAAAAAAAAGAAAAAGUUUGGAAUACGCAAACCAACAGGCGGGGUGUGCACAUUCGUCCGCAAGGGCAUCGUAUUCCUCGAGCACGAGCUGACCACCGGCGGCUGGACCGAUAGCAGCGCGGUGGAGGUGAUCGUUGGGAAGAAGAAGAGGAAAACCAGCGUGCUCGCGGUCAAUGUGUACAGCAGCCCCAGACAUAGAAAGCAAAAGUUCCGCACGCUCAUGCAAAGGGCACUGCGUGCGACGAAUAAAGGCACGAUCGUAAUAGGGGGUGACUUUAACGCACCACACUACGACUGGGGAUACGAUAAGACAACCGAAAAGGGGAGAGACCUAUUGCAAGACGCCACGGACGCGGGGCUAACGCUAAUCACGAACCCGGAGACCCCCACAAGAACGGGUACUUCGGUCGCCAGGGACACCACCCCGGACCUGACGUUCGUCGAAAUAAAUGGGAACGACACCGCAACGUGGAAAAACACCAAACACGACUUCGGCAGCGACCACAUGGUCAUAGAGAUCCGGGUCCCACUGGGAAACGGUGCAAGCCAAGAGAAAUGAACACACAGAUACACGAACUGGGAGGAGUUUCGGCGUCAGCUCCCAAGCCAGCAUGGUAACAUUGAAGAUACAGAAGCGUGGUCGAAGGCGAUAGUAGAAACGACCGAGGAGGUGACGACAGAGAUAGAAACGGACGAAGACAUACACGAAAUGGACAGCAGAUUGGCCCACCUCAUCGAGGCGAAGACUGCCCUCAAGAGAAGGUGGAACCAACAACGAACAAACAGAAGGCUCCGCAAAAAGAUCGCGGAAAUCAACAGGGAAAUAGAGAAACACAGCAAGGAGCUCGGCCGGCAGCAGUGGGAGCAAACGUGCAGAGAGGCGGACGGCCAACUCCAUCUGGGCAAGACGUGGCGACUGCUCCGGCACCUCCUCGACGACACCCAGACCAAGGGAGAACAACAGUACAAGCUCAGCAGAAUUAUACACAAGGCGGUAGCGGAGCACGGGGAAGCGGAGGUGAAGAGGAGACUCGACGCCAAAUACCUCCCGGUUUCCCCAAAGGAAAAGCACCCAGAAUACCAGGGGGCAGAGAACAUCGAGGUUGACCAAGACAUCGAGGAAUGGGAGGUCCGAAAUGCGAUGCAAGACCUGAACAGGCGUUCGGCGUCGGGCCCGGACCGCGUCAGCAACAAAGCGCUCAGAAACUUGAACGACGCGGCCGUGACGGCACUGACGGCGUACUUCAAUAAAUGCUGGAGGGCCGGCAAGCUACCACGCCAGUGGAAGGAAGCCAAAACCAUCCUCAUUCCGAAACCAGGCAAGUCGCCCGACAUCGAGAAUCUACGCCCAAUAUCCUUAACAUUGUGCGUGGGUAAACGGCUAGAGCACAUCUUAAUGACCAGAUGGCAACAGUACCUCGAAGAGGCAGAGCUCUACCCGGAUUCUCUCGUCGGCUUUCGAAGCAAGCUUGGAACGCAAGACGCCAUGCUCCAACUCAAGAAGGAGAUAGUAGACUACGAAACUCACACCAGCGACAACAGGGCAAUACUGGGCCUGGACCUGCAGAGCGCCUUCGACAAAGUCCGGCACUUUGCGAUCCUCGCCCAAGUGUCGCACCUGAACAUGGGACAGAGAUCUUACAAUUACAUUCGGGAUUUCCUGACCGACCGCACGACUCACAUCUGCGCCGGGGAUCUCCAACUACCAGAGAAAACGCUCGGCAGCGAGGGGACACCACAAGGCGCGGUAAUCUCUCCGCUGCUCUUCAACUUGGUCAUGAUCGAAGUCGCCAACCGGCUGCGGAGCGUCGAUGGGGUACGCCACACGGUUUAUGCCGACGAUGUGACGCUGUGGGUCACCGGCGGCAGCGACGGCCACAUAGAGAAUACACUACAAGAAGCAGUAAAAACGAUAGAGGACCAACUGAAGGGAUCGGGGCUGGUGUGUUCCCCCGCAAAGUCGGAGCUGAUGGUGAUUCCACCUAGGGGAGCGAGCCGCAAGAAGCAAACUAUCCGAGACUGCGAUAAAAUCCGCAUACGAACGCAAGGGGGGCACAUCAUCCCCGAGGUAGCCAAGAUUAGAGUGCUGGGCAUGAUCAUCGAACGCAGCAAAGUCAACGGGGCAACGGUCUCCAAGCUCGAAGCUAAGACCGGCACGGCACUGCGUCUCAUACGCCGCGUCGCCAAUAGAAGAAGCGGGAUGAAGGAAGCAAGGCUCGUCAGACUGAUUCAAGCCUUCGUGAUGAGCCAUAUCACCUACGUCGCCGCCUUCCAUAAUUGGCGGCAGUGCGAGCGGAAGAAGAUCGACGCGAUGAUCCGCAAAGCUUACAAAUCAGCAUUAGGACUCCUAGGAUGCACGAGCACGCAGAAGCUCGAAGCCCUGGGACUCCACAAUAGCCUGGAAGAGAUCGCCGAGGCACAGCAGACGGCGCAGCUCACCAGACUGUCGGGAACCAGGACCGGCAGAUCUAUCCUCAAACAACUAGGCAUCGGAGCCAAGGAAGACGACCACCGGAUGCAGGAGCAGAUACCGCGGGAGCUGGGCAAGCACAUCGUCGUGAGCCCAAUCCCGCGGAACAUGACUCCCACAUUCCAUCAAGAAAGAAGAGAGGCGAGAGCCAAGGCGCUGAUCGCGCUACACGCCGGCGAUGAGGGAGCCGUGUUCGUGGACGCGGCCAGUUACAAGAACAUCGGUGACGCCUUCAGCGUCAGCGUGAUCGGAGCCAAAACGGGUGAGAUCAGGAUGGCGGCCAGCGUGCGGACCACUGUGCCCAGCCAGGCAGAAGAAGUGGCGGCAGCCCACGCCAUCGCGGACCCCAGAACGAAGACGGUGUUGUGCGACUCGCGAACGGCAGUGCGCAACUUUGCGAAACAGCGAGUGUGCAGUGCGGCAGCGCGCAUCCUGCGAAAGGCCGAAGUCAACGGAGUCAUCACCAGUGCGGUGAUAAAGUGGUUUCCCGCCCACGCGGGCGCGGAAGUGGCGGGCUCGCUGGGGCUCACCAACCACAACGAGACGGCCAACUCCGUGGCGCGUGGACUCGCCGGCCGCGCCCCGGUAACGGCCGCCGCCGACGUGGUGGAUCGCCCCGAGAAGGACACCAUGGACGCUUACAACGAGGUAACCCUGUGGUACCGGUUAGCCAGAAGAACGAUGGCCCUGCCCCACCCCCGUCUGACGCGGGAGGAGGCGGUGGUAUUCCGCCAGUUACAGACUAACUCCGUGAUAACCCCAGUGUUAGCAAAGCACCUGUGGCCGGAGGUAUACGUAACAGACUUAUGCAGACUGUGCGGGAAGGAAAGGGCCACGUUGGCCCACAUCCUAAAAGACUGCGAAUGCGCGAACGCGGACAACAGUGCAGACGUUUUCCCGCCCCUCAUGGAGGAGGCGAAGAGAUCCGAAGACUACGACGUCCAACACACGGCCGUCCAGCAGAUCCUAGCGGCACUCGAGAAGCAGCGACCGGACGGGAUGGAAGCAGAAAGGGUUAACCCGAGUACGCUGAAGCCUGCCGCGAGCGGCUCUCCCCGCUAAGAAGACGUCCGGCCACGUCGCCUCAAGAACCCACCUGAGAGGGUGGGAUGAUAGGGGUUACUGCAGGAGACCCAUUAAAGUUGCUCUC